AUAUCAUGCUAAAUCACACUAACCCCAAACGGGAUUCUCAGCAAAACUUCCACCACUCACUUCCCUUCCUCACGACCCUUUACCCUUCCCGCCGCCUCAACCACCAUCAACACCACCACCACCGCCGCCGCCACCCACCACUACCACCAUCCACCAAAACUCCCCGAGUCAUUUAGCCCUUCAAUUUCAUUCCUACCUGCCUACCUACCCACACACCUACCUAGCCAAUCAAUCAGCUCAUCGUCUGAAUACCCAGGCACGGCACGCAGCGCAACGAUAAUCAAAAUUGAAGGGAAAUCAAAAGAUAAGAAACAUACGUCGGAACUUGAUUCCAUACGGCAUGAAUGAUACCCAGUCUUGAGAGCAAAGACGGGAUAACUUUAAUCUUGACAUUCAAUCACAUCCAACCACAUAUUGAAAAGAGGUAAGCAAAGUCAAUGCUGAUAUCAAAAAACAAAACAAAACAAUCUUCCGCUGCACUAUGCCUUGGAUGGAUGUUCCAUUAUCAAAACAUUGAAUGCCCACCCAGACAAAACCUCUUCCGUGAAUUUGGUAGGUUGAGAGGUCGUCCAAAGUUACACAAUCAAUAUGCGUGCAAGAUCUUACUAUGCUUUUCUUUUUUCUUCUUCUUUUCUUGGACGAAUGCAUGAGCUACGACGGGCUGGGACGAUUAUGCCUUUGGAACAUUCGAACCGAUUCAUCUCAAAUCUCGAUGAGAACUUCUAUCAAAUCCCUUCUCGGAAUUCAUUACCGCAAGUCGGUGGAAACAACUUCUUGGUCGGGUUAUUAAUCGACAGCAAGUGCACCCGUUUGUUCUCAUCUCGGGUUCCAUCUUCAUAUUCAAUGAAGGUAUCGGUCCGUAUUUUGAAUCAAGUACUACAGAAUCGAGAUCAAGUGUAUUUUUGUAGUAUCAACUCCGAGAGUCAAACCUCUCCUACAUUGCAUCCUGCAACGCCUAUCACAUUUCAACCCGCAUUGAACUCCAUUCAAAAUAUACCGACAGCCAAUCAAGUAACUAUUUACUCUUACUAAAUCAUGACUUGGAAACAUGGGCAUGGUGAAUGGGAAUUGCCGAAAUUAAAAGAGGCUCAUCAAUUUGCGAAUCUUCCUACCGUUUCAGAAAAACGUAAGAAUGCCCCAACAAUCGAAAAUAAUGAAUUUUGGACAGUUAAAUUUUAUCCGUACAAUAAACCUGGUGUCGAUCCUAUUUAUGCGGUGGUAGGUGGGAGACAUAUUUUGAUAUGUAGACCCCCUACUGACAAAAAAGGAAUCGAGGUCGUACGGUUGAUUAUCGACGAGGAGCCAGAUACAGAGCAUUACGCAUGCUGUUGGACAAAAGAUUUAGCGAAGCCUCUCCUUUGUGUAGCAGGACUCAAUGCCAAAAUCAAGAUUUGGGAUGUACUUUCGGGCGAACUUAUUAGGGUACUUGUAGGGCACGGAGGAGCAAUUAAUGAAUUGAUAAUCUCUCCAACUGACCCUCAGAUAUUAGCAUCUUGUUCUAAAGAUACUACAAUUCGAAUCUGGAGUUUAGAUCGAAACAAUGAGGAACAUCCUUGUGCGGCGAUAUUAUCAGGAGGUCAUAGAACAACCAUUCUAACAAUCGCUUUUCAUCGUUCUGGUCGAUAUUUGUUGUCUGGUGGAGAAGAUUACAUGAUAUGUCUUUGGUCAUUGCCCAUCUUUCCGGAUGUUAAUACCGCAACAAAUAGAGCGACAGAAAUUCAAUUUCCACAUUUCUCGACAUCUGAGAUUCAUACUAGUGCAAUCGAUUGCGUUCAAUUCCACGACGAUUCUAUUCUCUCUCGGUCAGCGUGUGAGGACUGUAUAGUACUUUGGGAUAUCACAGGAUUUGAUUCUGAAGGUCGACCUCCAAGUCAAGAUGAAGCACCAACUCAACAUGAGGCCGCUAAUGGGAGUGCAACUUUAACAUGUUUUACGGACCCAACAAAGAACGAUCCUUAUGUUAGGUUAAUUGAAUUUUCCGCUCCCGGAACAGAAACUGCUUGGAUCCGCUUCUCGCUUUUUCAAGGUAUUCCGAUUUCAAAUCAAUCUGACUCCGGUCCCGAUCAAAACUUAGACCCAGACACUGGCCUUCCUCAAAUAUCUCAUUCUAUACUUGCAAUCCCUGCUCUCGGAUCCAAAGUUUACUUUUGGGAUCUCAAUCGUCUAGUCGCUUAUGAUGAAUAUUUACGCUCUUUACCUCCGCACUUUACUUCUAAACAUGACCCUGAACCACAAGGGCCUUUUUCUUUAUCAAACUCCGGCUUAACCUCUGGUCAGCAAACUCCCAAUUUGGAAGAACAACCCCAAAGUAAAAUGAAGCGUCCUGCAUUCUUAACUCCUUUCCGUACCAGAGCUAAAAGAGGAGGUGCUUUCAAAAGUGUCGCAGAUAGAGUAAGAGAUGCAAGUCCAGCAAGUUCUACCACCACCACCACAAGUACUUCUGGCCCCUCUUCACACUCAAAUAUGAACUCUCACCCCAAUCUCAACGGAUUGAAAUUGGAAGGUGAAGCAGAAGGCAUCGUUGUUGAGAAAAUCCCCACCACGAGAAUGGAUAUUAAAUUGUGGAAUCAAAAAUAUGAUAUUCGUCAGGCGUAUCCGUUGAAGAGAUUGCAGCCGCAUAAGGUCGAGACGGUUCCAGGGUGGAGUUUUAUGGGGAGGGGUUGCGCUUGGAGUAGAGGGGGGGAGUGGUGUGUGGUUGCUGGGGGGGAGGGGGUUGUGGCGGUUUUGGGGAGGGGGGGUGUGGGAGAGAAGUGAGGUGGAUGGGUUGGGAUAGGAUGGGUUGGGGAUGAGAGAUUGUAUUUGUAAAAUUAAAAGCGCAACAAUAAAUGAUAUAUAAAUUCUCUUCCUCUUCCUCAAUAUGUCGAAUCUUCA